AUGCCGAUUUUUACGAAAAAGUUCGCACCGAAAGUGGCUCCCCCGCGUACGACAAGGCUCAACAUUGGCUGCCCGCCGCACCAGGAAGACCUGGACGAGUUCCGCAACAUUCGGCUGAACCUGCUGGAUAAGCAACUGUGCUUCGUCGAUGGGGUUUGGAUGAGUGCCGCUGCAGCCGGGACAGCUCCCGUUGCUGGUUCCUCGGGGAUGGCGGCUUUGUCUGCCUCGACCACCGCCAUCGACGAUCUGCUGCGUAUGAAACGACGCAUCAAAACGCUCGAACAGGAGAACAAUCUGUACCAGGUGAAGUUGGACGUGCUGCUGGAUCUGCUGACGGAGAACGUAAUCGAACUGAGCGCGGUAAAAGGUCAAUAAAGUGCUGCUCGGGUGGCAGGUGGAAAGUUGA